AUGACAACCCCAUCCUACGAUCUCCGAACCGACGCCAUCGACGCCUGGUCCGCAGCAGCAAAUCCACACCCAGGCAGCCCUCCGAAUCCCGCCAAUCACCUCUGCUACGACGCAAACAUCAUCCAAAUCGCCGACCCCCCCAUCUUCAACCCCAAUCCCAGAUAUUCCCGCUACCCAACCCCAUAUAUCGGAAUCACUUAUACAGAAUGGGAGCAGGCGAUGAAGGAAAAAUUAAAAGCGUAUAGCGACGCGCGUUUUUCGAUUCGUAUGGCAUAUGUACUAUCCAGAUUGGGGGAAAAACCGAGAGCGUAUUUGGAGCUGAGAAUGAGUACGCAUGAAAAAUUUGAGUUUAAGAAUACGGAUGAGAUGUUUGAGGUUUUGGGGAAGGUUUAUAGAGAGGUUUGUGGUGGUGGUGAUGAGAAGGUUGCGAAGUGGAAGGAGAUGUAUUAG